AAAACAGAUUUUAAAUUUCUAUUUCCUUUUUUUGUUAAUAAAAAAUAAAUAAAUAAAUAAAAUAAAAUAAAAUAAAAUGGCAGAGCGUUCUAACGCUGGUAUUAUUCAAGUUGGAGAAGAAAGAUGGAUUCCGGGAUCUAUUCGAGCUGAUGGCACCUAUCGUAAAGAACGUAAAGUGAGGCCCGGAUUUGUUCCAGCUGAAGAUGUUCAACGUUAUUCAAAUGCACGUCUAGAAGCUAGUAAAGCAUCUACUUUACCUCCAGGUGCAAAAUCAAAAAAGGAAGUUCCUGGUUCUAAAAAGAAAGAAGUAACGACUGUCAAGAAAGAGCAAACACCGCCUUCAACAGAUCAGCCCAAGGAAAAGAAAAUUAAAGCUUUAAACAAGAAAUUAAGGCAAAUUACAGAAUUGGAACAAAAAUUAAUUAAAGGAGAAACCCUAAAUGAAGAGCAACUUGAAAAAGUGAAAAAAGGAAAAGCAAUAAGAGAGGAAUUAGAAAAGUUAACUGCUUAGAUAAUUGUUUUAUUUCAUUUCCAUCUCGUUUUUAUUUUUAUUUUGUUUGGUUUUGUUUUUUUUUUCAUUUUCAUUUCAUUUCAUUUUCUUUUAUUUUUUCUCUUUUUUUUUUU